CAUCUAGUCCCCACUCCAACUUAAUUUAAAUGUACUAUUGUCAACACAUUUCGAGCAUUCGGCUGACCUCGAACCUGCUUGCUUGGCAGCCAAGCAAGUUAGAACAACGCUAUAUGUAUCUCUGACGGUAAUAUAGUUGCAUUGACUCAGUAUGGUUGUUUGAAUUUUAUGAUUGCACAAGGAUUAGAAUUAAGUCGAACGGAUUUUGUUGUCUUUUCGAGUAAUAAAUUCUUGGAGUAGCAAAAAAUUGUUUGGAAAGAACACUAAGCAUUACAGUGAUAAAAAACCAUUCUAAUUUUUGUUUAUUUAGAUUAUAAAUAAAAAAUGGCUUCUGUUCACAUACCUGUCCACGAUAACAGUGUAUCCGAAGAAUUUAUCGAAGACCCCUUUGAUGAAGAACUCGAUGCAACUUUUCCGCCAUUGCGUUAUUGUCCUAUGGUGUACGCAAAACCACAGAAGAAGGUAAGAAGGGAGAGUUCAAGGGAACGUGAGAGGUUAUAUCGGGAACUAGUUGGACACGAUCCGUAUAACAAAACACCAAGACAGACAACAGUAAAUAAGGAAAACGUGUUUUGGGUAACACUUGAUGUGAAACACUACAGACCAGAGGAGAUCACAUUGAAAGUGGAUGGACAGCUACUGGUCGUCAGCGGUAAACAUUACAACCAAACUGAGGCUGGCUACGAAUCCAGUGAAUUCCAACGAAAUUACAACAUCCCGGACAGUAUCGAUACACACACACUUACCUCAAAUAUCACCCAAGAUGGAGUACUUUGCAUUAAAGCCGUUAAACAGCUCUCCCACACCGAUGACGAGGAUAAAGAGCAAAAGGAAAAUUUUCAAGUCACUUUAGAUGUGACGGGAUACCAACCUGAUGAGAUCAGCAUUAAAGUUCACGACCGCAAUUUAAUUAUUCAUGGUGAAAGCAAGCAAGAAAAGGACAGCCACCAUGGUCAAACUUCCCAUCAUCAACAAUUUACACGACACUUUACGCUACCUAGUGAUGUGGAUAUCGACGUUUUGUCGUCUCGCUACACUAAAGAUUGCAAAAUAACUGUUGAAGCACCCCGUGGGAGUGUCAGUCCUCAAACUCGCACGCUUCAAAUCAAAAAGGAAGAUUAGUGAUUGAGUUGGAUUCUCCUUUCCAGCGUUCGUAAUUAUUGAUUUCUACUAACAGUUUUCCAAUUUUUUUGGCAUAUUGUAUAAAUGGCCGCGAUAACUGACAUUGCAAGUUUUUAUUCUUUUAAAAAUCUGUUGUUAUUAUGCGCUCGUUAGCUACAUGUUUGGAAAUGUUUACCUGUUUAAGAAAUAUAGAAGUGAAGUUGGAAACACCUGAUAGAUGUAACAGGAAUUACUAGUUUGUGUUCUAUAUAUGUUUACAUGUGUUCUGUAUGUGUUCUAUAUGUGUUACGUGUUUACAUGUGUUUCUCGUGUAAUGUCCUUCCGACCUUCAACCGCGGGAUAAGGUUUUUGCUACCAGAACGAUUCUAUGUAUUUUUUACAUCAUUUUUAUUAUUGUAUAAUCGCAUUUAUCAAAAUUAUUUCUUAAUUUGUAUUUAUCAUAUUUCAAUAUAUUUAUGUAAAAUUUAUCUAUUCAAGGUAUAUACAAUUUUAUAAACAGGUGGUUUUUUAAUAUUUUUUUAGAAUUUUUUAUAUCAAAUGGUGAAUUUUUUACGUUAUUGGUUUCAGUUACCCGAUAAUUAACUGGGUUUUUCUUUUCUGUAUAUUCUUUUGACAAAAAUUUUUUUAUGACAAAAUAAAUGUAAUUGAUGAUUUUUUGCGCAAUUUGCUGAUACUUGAAUUUCAGUUUUCCUUAGUGUGAAUUGUCAUAUUGUCACGCUUAAAUUAUCCUUGUUCCCGCCUAAACUGAUAGAAAACUGAUAGAUUUCUGAUAGGAUUGCACCCCUGCUUAUCAAAAAGGAUCAUGUGGUUCUUCUUUUAAUGGCCAAUUGAAGAAGUCGGUAAAUUUAAACAAUCAAUCAAUCGAUUUGCGAAUAACCAUAUUCGCAAAGAUUGAUCCACUUGACGUUGCAAUAAAUUGUGCCUUUAUGUUUUUUUUAAAACGAUAAGGCUUUAGAGAAUCCUUCGCAUGCAUGCCUUUUAAUGUGACAUGGGUUAUUGUAAUUAGACAUAUGUAUUCUUUUAUCUUACACGCAAAAAAACGAUGUUCUAAAUCUAAAAAACAGGGCCGUUUUAUCUUAUUUUCUUCAGUAAACAUAACGAAACGUUAAUCUAAGCCUGGUUUGCUUGCUUAUAAAAAAAACAUACUUGGACUAAAAAUGUCGGACAAUUACGACAAAAUUUUUUGGGGGUAACGAAAUUUUUGCAGGUCGAAUAAUGAUGUUCGAGACGGUUUUUUUUCGGACAGCACUCGUUUAUUUUUUAUUUACUUUAUGAAAUUGAAAUAGUAUUCCGCCUGUCAAUUUUUGGUAAGUUUGGUGGUAACGUUUUUAUGAUUAAUCCCGGCUCGAAAAUACAAUGUCACAAUGCAUCCGCUUAAAUUUGCCAAAACAGGAGUUUCGAAUUCCGCAAAACUUUUAAAAAUAUCGUACUUUGAACUUGUUAGUUUGUAUUUCGUCAUAACAUAAAUUUUACUGUUUAUCCUCGGUUUGGCAUGUGAUUUACAUUUUACAUGUUUUAAAUUUUAAGAGCAAAAUGAGAUUUCUUUUCAUUUUAGUAAUUAAUAACACUCGCAAGAAGCAGAAGUUUUGGAGAUAGGAAAGAAAGAUUAAGAAACAAAAUUACUUGUGACUGAUAAAGCGAGUUCACUGCAUAUAUAUUUCACCAUAUUUACUCCAUCCCUCUAUUUUUAAAACCUACCUUUUUGAAACUGAUAAAAAAAUAACGUUUUUUUUUUAUAAGAUACAAUGUUUUUUAACUGAAGCUAAGAGUAGGGGUAACAUUAAAAAAAAAAAUCCUGCCUCUCCAACAAUUCCACACAUGGUGUUGCGAUAAUUGGUCUCUACCGUAUCUACAGUCUCCAAUAUUAAUAAAGACGAUGAAUUGGGCUACCCAACGUUACCAAAACACGAACCAUCUAGGUGUUUUUCUUUAGUCAACAAUGGCAUCUUA